AUGUCUGCCCAGGAGCUUUUGCGGCAGAUUGAUGUCCGGCGGUUCACUACCGGCGUGAUCUUGCUGAUCCUGCUUGCCUUCUACUCGCCCCUUUCCAAGCUGGUUUUGUCUCCGAUUUAUGGAUCCUUCCCCGCGCAUAUCUUCCAUAAUUUUGGAGUGGCCAUCUCCGGCGGAGUCGGAUGGCUACUGAAAGAUAAGAUUCUUAAGCGCCUGGGCCGUCUCGGUGGUUUCAUGCUCCCCGUGUUGGCAUUCUGGGUUCCGACUCUCCAGUACUUUAUCAAGCAGCAAAGCUCGAAGAUUGGUAACCCCACAGGCCCAGUGGUCACGGAACUCUGUGGUUACUAUCCUUUGGUGUUGCUGACAGUCGCAUAUGCCGGAAAGCAAAUCCAGACUUCUUUGAGACUCGAAGCCCAGGGCGACGUGGUUGUUGAGCAUGUCCCCUUGAUAGGUACAUAUAUCUUCUAUUCCGCUGGCGAACACAUUGCCAAAUUUGUUCUUUCAUCAAUCGUCGGGUCCUCGGUUCUUUUCACCAGAGUUGGCAUGCAAAUGCUCCUCGCGGCCGCUUACGCUGCGCUCAUCCCGUCGAAAUGGCUAGUCCUGGCCAUUCCUUCUAUCAUUUUCUCGGUGACCUCAAACGUCCAUUUCGCUGGAAUGAGUGGUGUCAAUUCUGCAAUUGAGCACGAAGGAUAUUCUCUCUUGGCACGACAGGAAGCUUAUACGGGAUACAUUUCUGUUUUGGAAAACCACAAUGACGGAUUCCGGGUUAUGCGUUGUGAUCACAGUCUACUUGGUGGACAGUGGACCAGAAACAUACCAGGCUACCGGCCUGAGGUGGAAGAUCCUAUCUACGCAGUCUUUGCUAUGCUCGAGGCUGUCCGUCUGGUUGAGCGGGAUAAUGGUGUUCCCCGCGUUGACGCUGACAGCAAGGCGCUGGUCAUUGGCCUUGGAAUUGGUACAACACCAUCUGCACUCAUCAAACAUGGCAUUGAAACCACCAUCGUCGAAAUCGACCCUGUGGUGCACAGGUUCGCCACUCAGUACUUCAACCUCCCGCCAAACCACACCCCCGUCAUCGAAGACGCCGUAAAAUUUGUCAAGAAGGCAGAGUCCGCCCCGAAUACACCCCAGUAUGACUACAUCGUCCAUGAUGUAUUCACCGGAGGCGCCGAGCCCGCUGAACUCUUCACAUACGAGUUCCUGUCAGGUCUCCACUCCUCCUCCUCAAGGAAGACGAACUACGCUGGUGACUUGACCCUCUACCCAACCGGUCUUGUCGUCCGUACCAUCAAGGCCGUCUUCCCAUCUUGCCGCAUCUUCCGCGAAGCACCCGGUGGAGAUGACGAAGAUACCGACUUCACCAACAUGGUUCUGUUCUGCAAGAAGAGCUCGAACACACCGAUUCAAUUCCGUGACCCUGUCCCAGCAGACUUCCUGCGCAGCAAGACCCGUGAAAACUAUCUGAUUCCUGAGCACGAAAUUGACCCUGCCAUCUUUGCCCACUGGCCCAAGGCUGGUAGAGCUCUUUUGUGGGCGAAGGAGGUCGGAAGGUUGCACAAGUACCAGGACCGCAGUGCACUCAAGCACUGGGCUAUUAUGCGAAAGGUCUUGCCUGAUGCCGUGUGGGAGAACUGGUGA